AUGGCUUCAUCGGCGAGCAGGAACCAAAAGUCCAGGAAAUCCAAGUCCAAGCAUUCUCUAAAGGAGCUCAAAGCCCUUGGGCAGCAGUUGCUCUCUUCCAGAAACCACGUCAACAACCUUCCCAUCCUCCUCAACUUCUUCUCCCCUGAAUUCCCUCCUCAAUACGUUCUCGAAUCCCUUCUCUCUCUCCAGUCCUUCUUCACUCGUCGAGGGAAUUAA